GAUCCGAAGAGAGUUCGCCCCUGUGAUAGAUCGCGGAGUGGGUGCAUCUGCAGUGCCUCAAUGGAUAGUUCCGAUUAAUCCUCGUCUUUAUAAUCGUCGCACAUCCGUUGAUAUCGUUCGAUACAAAUAUAUCAUAUACGUUUCGUAUACGACUUACAUACACGUAUAUGUUGAAAUUUAACCUCGGUAACGUUGAAAACCGCUAGAAAAAAAUCGAUCGCUCCGACCUAGACAUCGUUCUUUAUAUUUGAAGUGAAACGCGAGAGCUUGGACAUCAUUAGUAAUUAUAAUACCUUUGCGCGAUAGUGUCUCUCGUUGUACUCGACCGCAUAAUUAGCAAAAUCAAGAAAAAAAAAAACUAUUCGCAUCUAAAAUAUUAUCGUUCUGCUCCACGGUGUAUUGUAAUAUUUCUUGCAGCUUCCCACCGACAUGGUAAAAAAUCAUUCAUAAAUCGAUGCUUCGGGAUAUUUUUCUUACAAAAAAUAAGAUCUCUCGCCGUUCAAUUAGAUGCGUGGAUCGUGAAUAUUUGUUUCCUCCCGUUUCUAAUGUAUUUCAAUUUUUUUUUUUUUUCAUUUUUCGCUCGUUCUUGCAGGAGGACUUAGGUUUGGAUAAGGCGCAAGUAGCGCAAUUGAAGGCAGCCUUCGACGCUUUCGACUUGGAGAAGAAAGGAUGCAUAAGCACGGACAUGGUCGCUACGAUUCUGACGAUGCUGGGACACGAGCUUCUGGACGGGACACUGGCGGACAUAAUCGAAGAGGCUGACGAAGACGGAUCCGGGGAGCUCGAAUUCGAGGAGUUUUGUGGUCUCGCGGCGCGGUUCAUAGUAACGGAAGAAGACACGGAGGCGAUCGAACAGGAAUUGAGGGAAGCCUUCCGACUCUACGACAGGGACGGAGAAGGCUACAUCACGACGGACGUGUUCAGGGACAUCCUGCACGAACUGGACGAAAAUAUCUCCGAAGAAGAUCUGGACAUGAUGAUCGACGAAAUCGACGCCGACGGUUCCGGUACUCUGGACUUUGAAGAAUUCAUGGCUGUCAUGACGGGAUAGUGAGACGAUCGAUGGGGAUAGAAUGAUUAACAGAUCCGGCUCAUCGCAACGAAUCGUGGUACUCAAGAUCAUCCGUAUUGUUAUAUUUGUUCGACUUACGCACCGCGCGGAUAGCGUCGAAUUUCGAUAGGAGCGAGAGCGUGUACGUUUGGUCGAAGAAGAUAAGAGGGAAAAAUAAUGUAUACCCACCUAGUCUGACGUAACCAAAAUUAAUAAAAUAACGUCCAUUUUUUA